UAGAGAUACUUUUAUAUGGGCUAUGGAAUUAUUACCGAUAUAAAAAGGGGCUUAAUAUUUGAGAGUGUCAACAAGUUGGACUAGUUCUUCUUGAUAUCCCUGGGCUUUUUAUUAGUACAUAUGUACAGCUCGGGUGGUCAAUAGCCGGGAGUUGUAUUGCAACUAAAGUUAAAGAACAUUAGAACAAUACAAGAGACGUAGAUAACUUCGUCUCUGACAAUACUUAUUCAUGUUGAAAUAAGUAUAUAGUGACAAGAUAAUCGUGUAGUUAUAGGUUUUGACUGUACAGUACAGAAACACAGAUAUUAAAUCAUAAACUAAACAAGUGCGUUUGUACAAAGAUCUAUCAAUAAUGUUGAUCGAUAGAUCUUUGGUUUGUUAUAAAUGAAGGUGACACACAACAUACAACAUAAACCGAUUACAACACGGUAGUCGAUAGGAAACCGCCUUUAGCAGCUUGUAUUCAAUCGUGCGUAACGUGUGCGCGAAUCUGGUAGUUUGACGUCUGAUACAUGCUCGUGAAAGCGAGUACUACCAUUUGAAGACGUUAAAGCUCGCUAGCGUGAUGAUGAGUUAGCCAGUAGCUGUAGGCUUGCUGUGGAGAUAACAUGACUAGCGGAACGCGAGAUGAGUAUAAACGAUACGUGUUGUUGUUGUUUUUUGUUGUUACGCAACUUAUGGUCGCGAAAUUAGGUGUCAAUGGCCACCCGCAAUGUUUGGACGCUAGGCCACCAUUUCGGGCCUCAUCAGUUUCGUUUUGUCCUGCAUACAAGGACCACGGUUGCUGCACGCCACACCAGGAUAAGCAACUUAAAAUAAGGUAUGACAGAAUUCGUCUGCUUGUACCCGCGUCUGAAAAGCAACUGUGGACGGACUGUGAAAACUAUGUGAAAACUUUUCUAUGUGAAGAGUGUUCACCUUAUGCGGCGCAUAUAUUCGAUGCUGAACAAAUUUCGUACGGCACGGUUCCAAAGCCUCGUGCAUUUCCUGGUCUUUGUCGAGGAUACUGUGGGGAAUUCUUUACAAAAUGUAAAAACAUUGUGAAGUAUUAUAUGAACGAAGUUGGUAGCGAUUAUAUGGAAGAAGCCAGCAAACUUCAGUCUGCAAUCACUAUGGGAGAGGAAAAUUUUUGCAACGAGACAAAAUUGGUAGAUCUUGACUAUUGUUACCCAGGAUUACUUACAAAUCCGAUACUUAUAGGUAAUAUAUCUAUAGAUAAAGUAAGUCAGGAAGGGUGUCUUUGUAUGGAACCUUUUGAUAAAGUUAAAUUUAGAAAUCCAAUCUUUCUGAAACAUGCCAAUGAUGGCUCUAAACGAAUGUUCAUCGGAGAGCAAAUCGGAAUUGUACACAUUAUGUAUCCGGAUGGCAGACUUAUAACACCAGCGUUUCUCGACAUCAGCGCGGAUAUACAAUCAUCUUCAUACAAAGGAGACGAACGUGGCAUGUUGGGAAUGGCUUUCCAUCCGAAUUUUUCUCAAAACCGCAAAUUUUACAUUUAUUAUUCUGCAAUUAUCACGGAAUAUGAGCAGCAGCAAACCAGUGCAGAUCAUAAAACUCGGAUUGAAGAGUUCCAAGUUUCUGCAGACAAGCCGGACCAGGUGGACUAUUCCUACCAUCGCAUCAUUCUAGAGGUUUAUGAACCCUACUGGAAUCACAAUGGGGGCGAGAUUCUGUUUGGAGAUGAUGGCUACAUGUACCUGUUUAUUGGAGAUGGUGGGCAAGCGGGUGACCCACUGAAUUCCGGACAAGACAUGUUCUCGUUGCUCGGAAAAGUUGUUCGCAUUGACGUGGACCGUGCUGACACAGUUCGACAGCGGGAGUACAGCAUUCCACCAGACAACCCGUUUGCUGACGAAAUCAAAGGUCUUCCAGAGAUUUAUGCCUACGGAAUAAGGAACAUUUGGCGCUGCGGCAAAGAUCGUGGUGAUCAUUCCACAGGUGAAGGCAAAGGUCGAAUAGUCUGUGGUGAUGUGGGACAGAGUAAUCGAGAAGAGGUCAAUCUUAUUGAGAAGGGUGCUAAUUACGGCUGGAAAAUCAAGGAAGGCAAUGCAGACUACUGCAAAAAGUGUAAAUCAGCAUUCCUCAAUGAGACCCUUACCGCCCCAAUCUAUGACUAUGGGCAUAGUGUGGGUAAGUCAGUGACAGGCGGACACUUCUACAGGGGAUGUCAGAGCCCCAACCUCAAUGGCUUCUACAUCUACGGAGAUUUCAUGAGUGGUCGGUUGUUCCGUCUGCUGCAUCGCCCGGGCAACAACACCUGGCACAACAAGGAGUUAAAGAUGUGUGGGGCAGACUACUGCAGACCUCCCCUUGUCAACGACUACUCAACGAGCAUCAUCUCAUUUGGGGAGGAUGAGGACGGAGAGAUGUACAUGUUGUCCACAAGUUUCGCCAGUGCCACUAAGGCAUCCGGUACUGUGUACAGAAUUGUGGACCCCCAUCGACGAGGUAACCCCAUUGACUGCAUUCCAUACCAACAUCAGCAGACGCUGCCACCAGCAAGUUCUAAGGCAGCCAGCCCAACCCAAUUUCCAACACCCCCACCAACAGACCCCCUAUCACCACUACCCACACAGCCUCCCACAGCUAAUAUUCCGCUCAUAAAUAAGCCUGUAGCCUCAGCCCCAGUGUCGACUCAGAGUCCCCUAGCUAAACGAAAGAAUCGAAAAUGUAAAAAACGUAGAAAAGGUGGACGUCUUCGGACGAUAUGUUAAUCAGGUUUUCCUUUUAUAUAUCUUAUGAAAGAUUUUUUGGUGUAAUUUCCCACCAUUUAUAUACUCAGCAACACUUUGUUUGUUUUAUUUUGUUUGUUUACAAUUACAACUUAUAAUAUUUUACUUUAUUUGUAUUGUACCAACAAUUGCAGACAUAUUUUACAUUGUUUUGUGUAAGGCUAUUUAUUAUUAAAUAUAACUUAAUUAUAACAAUAUGUUAAUGCAUAUGCUUUGGAAAGACAUUUUUAGUUUUCUGUAUAUGGUAAUAAGGCCUUUUUCCCUUGCAUGGCAAUAUUAUUUGUUAAUAUGUCAUGGGUUCCAUUGUAAUGCUUGUAUAGCCACACAACUUCCAUUUCUUUUGAACAUAAUUGUAAAAUACUGUAAAGUCAUGUAUAUUUGGCAGCAUGAAUUUCUUAGGUUUGAAAAAAAUGACUUCCAUUGACACACAAAUUCUUGAAUUUCUGAAUUUGGAAAGGAAAUAAGAAUUUGGGUGGGUGAUUUUCAGAUGUGUUUGUUUUAAAUUUGUGGAUCAAUAAACCCAAGAAAUCAAUGAAAUAUUCAUGUCCCUCGAAUAAUGAUGGUUUUACAGUAUACAAUAUAAAAUAGACAACCUGUAAGUGAGCUUUGGGAAGAUUUGUAACUUAAGAGGGACCAUUUUUGUUGUAACUGUGGAAUAAUAUAGCAUUUAAGUUCCCAUAUGACCUGAUAGUGGUGCAAUCAAGUGAAUGCUAGUUAUCUACUUCCACUUUUAGGAAUGGAUAAGGGUGUACAUAUAUUAUAUAUUCAAACCUUGGUACAUCUUAUUGAUUGUUGUGCUUUUUUAUAACUAUUUUGAUGAAAUUUAAUAGGCCUCAUUCAGGGAAAACCAGGGUUAAUGCAUUGCAUUGAGUGUCCACCCAGAUGAGUAUCCACAGUCUGCAUAUCUAAUCAAGGGCUGCACUUUCCGCUUUUAUGGUAUUUUUCAUUUAAAUAAAGACACUUUUAAGCAACAUUUCCAGUCUAGGCGAAAAGUGUCGUCCCAGGUAAGCCUGUGCUGACAGGAAUAUCUGGGAGUACACUUUACUCACAUGCAUUAAGCCCUGUUUUCCCAGAAUGUGGAUCUUAUUAAAACAUAUAUGUCAGCACUCGGGUGAUUUUUGUUAGGAAAUGUAAGAAAUUAUUGUUCAUAAAAAAAGAGAUACGAAGACUUGCAAGUAAUUGCAUAACUGGUAAAGUAGCUUGCGUAAAUGGUUUAUAAUUGUAUGUAUCUAAAAGGUUUUGUUACAUUUAGAGGAAUAAUGUUGGCAUAUCUGUGUCUUUUUUUAACCACUGCUGUGUUCAAGUUAAUGAUGUAAUUAUGCCUUUGAUUUAUUAGAUUCACACAUUCAUGAUAUGACACAGUAUUACAUUUUUAAACAAUUAAAUCUUUAUAUUUGUCAUAAACUGUGUAUAUGCAAUAUAUACAUACAUAUUUGUAUUUGUUACAGUUCAAGAAGAUUUUUUUUAAAUAAACCAUGUUGUAAAUUUG